AUUUUUCAACUUUUUCAAGAAUUACAUCUAUAGACAUUCAGAGUAAUUCAAAAACAUUUUGAUGUGGAACAUUAAUAGCAAUACAUCAUUUUAGAGUAAAAAAUGCCUAACUUAUUUCUGUUAUCACAAGACAAUAUCCACUGAUUAUUAUUUUGGGUUGCAUAGCUUUAAUUUACAUUCUAAAUUAAUUUUAGCAUUAGUCCUAAUUUAUGAAGACAAGAAACUAGGUUAUUCUCCUCCUCAUUGUAUGGACAUUAGCAACAUUGUCUAUACCAACAGAAUAGAACAGCAAAAUAAAUUAUAAAUCUAAAUAUUUAAAAAGUGAAGACUACAUAAAACAAAAUCCCAGAAGGUCAAGGGCUCAGGAACAGAGGUAGAAAGAGUAUGGAAUGCAAGAAACAAAAUAUCACUGACAAAACAUAUGGUACAUUUAGAAAAACAUUAGUCAAACAUUUUUAAACAGGUUACUAUUUCCUUAAAUUUAAUUUAUGUUGUCAAACUGUAUAACUGUGCAUGUACUGAAUAUGGUAAUGGGAUCUGGAAAAAUCACUCUUUAGAUUAUGAACUAAAUUAGAUUUUUACCCCUUCAUAAUAAACAAUAUGAACAUUUUAUGAGCAUUCUAAUUCAGAUCAUCAUUAUAUUUACGUGGUCUCUACUUAUCCUGAAUACCAUUUAUUCAGAUAUAAAGAUCUAAAUGCUGACCUGCAUAUAAACAUACUGGUUGAGUAUAGUUCACAAAAAAGAUGCAGCAGUUUUGUAUCGAGGUAGUCUUAGAACAAAGAACCUCAGAGACAGGAUAUAUAACAGGACAUACUCCAACAUAAAUUGCUAGAGGCUUUUAAAGUAGUAUACAUUUCAUCUAAUUUUCCACCAGUGUUUUGUCAUGUGGUACGCAUCGUACAAUCAACAAAAGUAAAGAAAAAUGGUAAAAAUAAAACAUAUAUGCCUAAUAUAUUCCAGAAUUAUGCACAAUUCAUUUGUAAAUUUAGCCUUUUUACAAAAGAAUCCUUAUAUACAACAGGGAAAAAAAGUCGCUCCCAUAUAUAUGAAGCACAGUUUAAGCCAAACAUCACUGACCAAUCAAAAUUAGUGAAUGCACUGCAUCUCUCUGCAGUGAAGAGAAGUGACAAGGUAGGCUGUCAUUCUGCAAAAGCUAUCCAUAAUGCUUAUUGAUUCUACAAUAGGACGAGUGGGAGACUGCAGCAGCCUCUAAAGCAGCACUACACGUUGUAUACAUUAGCAGUAUGCUGAAACAAUGGCACAACACAGGCACAAAUUUUCAUUAAGGUCAUUUUUUGAAGAGAUGCUUAUGACCCUCUUUCCCCUGUACUCUGCUAACAAGUGAACAAAAUGAAUCCCUCAAAACUGGAACUGCUUCAUCUGCAUCGAGAACUGAUCAAAUCCCUAGUGGAGGGCAUGCAGCAUCUAAUUCAGUUUUACUACUGAUAAUAUGAAGAAUGCAAUUGACUGGGCAUCUUUCUAGCUGUCUGAUCUACAAGCUGCAGGAUGUACUUAUAUAGUCUUAAGAAAUAAAGGAAUUGGAGUAAAACCAUGGAACAGGUUCUAUUUCUACGUAAGUGUUUAAACAUUUCAACAAUAUACAUAGAAGAUUAGCACAUCUGCUCAAAUUUUCAUGAAAAGAAGAUUAAUAUAAUGGUUUAUUCCUAAAACAAAAUGGUGAGCAUUUCUUAAAAAGGGAUUUAUAAUUUAAAACCAGAUUUAUGGAAAUUACUAAUUCAAGAAGAAACAAUGAAACAUGAAUUCCCAAAAGGAGAAUGUGCAUACUUCAUCAGCAGGCUAAACAAGGCUUUAAUCAAGCUUUUUCUACACUACAUAUUAAGUCACUUAUUUGUCAGAAUGACUAAUGGAUUUUUUUCUCUGAAUUUUAUGACCUAUGUAUUCUCCUUUAAUAAAAAUAAACCAAAUUAAGCAGUCCAUGGUUUCCAUCAAAGCACAUGAACUGGAUUUUACAAUGUAAAACAACUUAUGUGACAAAGCCAUCACUCUAAAGUAAUGAGAGAUACUAUAAAACCAAAUGUGCAAUUGUAACUAAAGGAUGCCUAAAUAUAUUUUUGAAGCCAGAAAUCGGAUGUCUCUGUUUUUAUUUUCAUUUAUCCUGGAAAAUAAAAAUGUUGCCAUGAGAUGCAAAGGGGGAAAGAAUUUAAUGUCACUGAAAAGAAGUUUUGUUUUUAUUGGUGGCUUUAGAAAGCAAAAACAAACAAUAUGGACUGGUCUCUAGAAAUAUUUCAGGAAAUUAAGUCCUUUUGUUCAAUCACAAAAUCGUCCUCUUGAAGUGUUGGAAUCAAAAAAAAAAGAAAGAAAAAGAAAAAGAAAGGAAGGAAGGAAAAAAAAGGAAGCCAGAAUGUUUCAUCAAGGGUUGAAAUAGAGCACAGCUACAACUCAGCUGCCAGGUGAAAUGCAUGUCAAAAUUCUGCCAGUGACACCAUGUAUCAAUUUAUGACAAGCUGCUACAGUGAGCUGAAAGGCCCUUGAGGCAACAGAAAACAGGACAAAAACAACUGCAACAAAAGAAUGUGCUUCUCUCCCAUUCUGGAAGUCAACAUGCAGUCUGAAUCUAACAUUACAGUUCGAGAUGCCAUUGAUGACAUCAACACCAAUAUGUACCGAGCACUGUCAUAUCCAUUAAGCUUUCAAGUUUCUCUCACUGGAUUUCUGAUGUUAGAAAUUGUGUUGGGACUUGGCAGCAACCUCACCGUGUUGGUACUUUACUGCAUGAAAUCCAACUUAAUCAAUUCUGUCAGUAACAUUAUUACAAUGAACCUUCAUGUACUUGAUGUAAUAAUUUGUGUGGGAUGUAUUCCUCUAACUAUAGUUAUCCUUCUGCUUUCACUGGAGAGUAACAGUGCUCUAAUUUGCUGCUUCCAUGAGGCUUGUGUUUCUUUUGCAAGUGUUGCGACCGCAAUCAACGUUUUUGCUAUCACUUUGGACCGAUAUGAUAUCUCUGUAAAACCUGCAAAUCGAAUUCUGACAUUGGGAAGGGCUGUGAUGUUAAUGACAUCAAUAUGGAUUGUCUCUCUUUUCUCCUUCCUGAUUCCCUUCAUUGAAGUCAAUUUUUUCAGUCUUCAAAGUGCAAGUACUUGGGAAAAUAGAACUCUUUUGUGUGUCAGUGUAAAUGAAUACCACACCGAACUGGGAAUGUACUACCAUCUCCUAGUACAAAUUCCAAUAUUUUUCUUCACUGUUAUAGUAAUGCUAAUUACAUACACCAAAAUACUCCAGGCUCUUAAUAUUCGAAUAGGCACAAGAUUUACAACAGGGCAAAAGAAAAAGGCCAGAAAGAAAAAGACUAUUUCUUUGACCACACAACACGAGACUACUGAUGUGUCACAAAGCAGUGGUGGGAGAAAUGUAGUCUUUGGCGUAAGGACUUCAGUGUCAGUAAUAAUUGCCCUACGACGAGCUGUAAAACGACAUCGUGAACGACGGGAAAGACAAAAGAGAGUCUUCAGAAUGUCCCUGUUGAUUAUUUCAACAUUUCUUCUCUGUUGGACGCCCAUUUCUGUUUUAAACACUACAAUUUUAUGUCUGGGCCCAAGUGACCUUUUGGUAAAGCUGAGAUUAUGUUUUCUAGUUAUGGCAUACGGAACAACUAUAUUUCACCCUCUACUUUAUGCAUUCACUAGGCAAAAGUUUCAGAAGGUCCUGAAAAGUAAAAUGAAAAAACGAGUCGUUUCAAUAGUGGAAGCAGAUCCCAUGCCGAAUAAUGCUGUAAUACAUAACUCAUGGAUAGAACCUAAAAGGAACAAACAGAUUACUUUCGAAGACAAUGAAGUAAGGCAGAAAUGUUUAGUACCUCAGGUUGUCACUGACUAGAUUUCAGUAAAGUAUUCACCAAAUCAUCCAAGAGGAAAUAUAUGAACAAACUGUAGAAAAUACUGCCAAAUAAGGGAAACUUUUUAAAUAUUGGCUAGACUGUAAAUUUUCUAUAUAUAUAUAUAUCUAUAGAUAUAUAGAUAUAGAUAUAUGUUAUAUAGAUUAGGCCUUGUAUAUUCAAUUUCUUCAUUACUUAAUAUACAUGUUGCAUGGCAGUUUGUUAGAGUAAUAUCGUGUACAUUUGUCAAAAAGAUAUUAAUGUAAGUCAUAUUUUCUAAAAAAAUAAAUAGCCUUAAAGCAGCAUACACUUUUAAAAACAAACAUUUGUAUGCCUGAUUCUCUGUAAAUAUAAAAAUAUUUUUAAAUAUGUCUCCCACUCCAGAAAUACUUCAUUUUCCAACAACAUGUGCGUUUAACAACUUGCACUUGGAGAAAAGUGGAAGUAAAAUACAGAGAAACGGGGAAAACUCUGUGUUCCAAGGCUGCCCGAUAAAUAAAUAAAUCAGUGAGUUUCUACAGAAUUUGUUAGUCUGUUAGCACUAAAGAUUGAUGUGAUUUAUUAGCUGGCCCUCCAAAAUGUGAAGAUCUCCAGGGUAGUCGCUACAUAUACAGUCAAAUGUCUCAAUUAAGCAGGAAAGCAUACUUUUCUCCUCCCUAACUUCUCUAGUAUCCUAUCUCUAGCAUCCAGCACUGUCCAGUCCUGAUCACACAGUCACCUUGCCACACAUCUAUCUAAGACAGCUGCCCUACAACUGUGGUAAUAUUCCUGGAUCUACUUUUACUGUCAUCAUGCACUUGUACAGUUCCAUUUCUCCUCCCUCCCUUUUCUCUGUCAUCUUCAAUCAUCUCUUCAACUAACAUCCGCAUUUAAGAACCAAGAAACUGAUAGAUUUCAUCAUAUCUGGCACCAAAUGCAAAAGUUAAGUAUCGUGCUAACCAGAUUGGUCUAGUCGCAGGCUAUUUGCUAUCCCAAGCUCUGAAGCCAGGAAUUUGGAAGGAAUAGCACCCACAUGCAUCCCCUUUAUUUGAUAAUGUUUCAGCAGUUAACUUCAAAUGUAUUAAGGAAAAGAAAAAUCUAUUUUAUUUUUAUUGCAGUAUAAUCAUCUCUACAUGUGUAUGAAUUGCUCUCAUUAACAUAAGAAUAACUCCUAAUAAUUAGUGUUAAUACAAGUUCCAUGCAUAAAAGGCAGAAUAUUUUCUCUCUGCAAUAUUGUGUAUUUUCUUUUACCUAAAACUACCAUGCACCUGGAUGUAUUCAAAUGUAUAGAGUAAUAUAAAAAUCACUACAAAUCUCGCUUUAAAGAAAUCCAAGGCUAUUUUCUCUCUAAUUUGUAUCCUAUCAUACUUGCACUGAGAGAGCAAAGUCCUGAUGCACUCAGCCCAAGAACCAGCAUGGAGACAGUUAGAAAUCCAUCCUCUUACUCCUUAGAGAUCAACCACUUACCAUAGAUAGAACUUUCCCUAGGGAGGUUCUUUACAUAAACUUUUCACAUUUGUUUGAAUA